AUGCACGGUCAGGAACACCAACAGGAACAGUCACCUCCACCAUUGUCAUCCUCGCCAUCGUCCUCUGCUUCUGCAAAGUUCGCUUCAAUAAUACGCCGUCACCGUCGCCAGCAACAAGAGCCUUCUUCAACAUCACAGCAGCAGCAGCAACAUCAGCAACAGCAGACACGACAACAGCAAUCUGCGAAAAGCCUUGUCAAUGUCCUGCUCACAGGCACACUUCAAGGCAAGAGGAACAAGAGUCAUAUUUUCAAGGGGAAGGACAAGGAGGGCCGUCAAAAGGAGCAGCAACAUCAGCAGGAGCAGGACCAGCAGCUGCAAGUAAACGAAAAGAAUCGCAGCGACUUUCAGCAGCAUCAGCAGAAGGAAAUCAAACGCGAGAUCGCGACGACAACAGCGAGAACAUCUACGACGUCAACGACCAUGUGUGGCAAAGAUGAUGUUGGUAUCGUUGAGGUGUCAUCUCCACAUGAAGAACAGCCAUGGCACCAAGAGCUAAGCGCGUUAUCACCAACCAUGCAGCAGGAGAAGAAAUGGCACGAACAUGAAGGGAAGAAGGAAGAGCAGUCAAUGGAUGGCGAUGCUUUUGUCAGCGAACGGGUUCGGACCAGGAUCAAGAAGAUGUCAGGACUAUCGUCGUCGCUGACGUUGCCCUCCUUCCUAUUCAAGAAUGGCGAUCGUGGUCUACGGCAACGACAAGGAUUACCAACACCAACAGGGGAUCCGUCACAGAUCAUUAACACAGAUGCAGACAACGACGGUCGGGCAUUGGUCUCCCUGACAGACACAGCCAAGGCCACGGCGACGGCAGCACGAGACAGAGGAGCGUCAACAACAGCAACAAGGUCAAGGAGAAAGAACAAGGGGUUUCUCUUCUUCUCUUCUGUCCUUCCGGCAACGGCAGGAGCGGCCAAACGGAGGAGCAGCCAUGGCGACCUGAUCGUCGAUUCACCCUUGAGCUCACCGAUCGCAACCAUGUCCACAACUCAUUCUGCUGCCGCUGCUGCCAUCUCGCCUCGCUCUCACUCCCUUGCCUCCUCUUCUUUUCCUCCUUUUCUUUCCAAUAACAUUAUCAACGACAACGACAACGACUUUUCAUUUUUCUAUCCUUCUUCUUCUUCUCCUCCUUCUUCAUCGCCCAACGACGAUACCGACGACGUCGAAGCACAACGCUCCCGCCUCAACGCCAUCCGCUACAGCUGGUACGAACAGUUCCAAUCUGCUGGUGACCCCGCCCUCAUCCCUUCCUCCACGUUACCAUCACACAAAGAGGUCCAAAGAUCCAACACCGCUGACCCCGCCACCACCUCCACUGACAACAACGUCGUCAUCUCCAAGAAUCCAAGCCAAUACACCGACAACACCACCUUUACAAGUACCACUUCAGGUACAACACCGACCAACAGUUCCCGACUAAGAUCGUCGGGCUACGAUCAAAGUCGCAACAGCCGAGCCAGCAGCGCCUUUCUCGAUCAAGAGACCACCCGUACCUGGCGAGGACUAUUGGCCUCUGUCCGUCAACUCUCUCACGAUACCUCGACCACCGGUUCCUCUACCCACACCUCAGCCUCGGCCACCAGCUUGUCGUCUUCUGCGCAGAGCUUCAACGAGAAGGACCAGCGACAGUCAAGGAAGACCAAGCACGAUAGCCAUCAGAGUCAACACCGUGAGAGCCGUCGGCAUUCCAAACACCGGAAUUCAGACGACGCGAGCACCAUCCGAGCGAUAGGAUCCUUCUUUGCCAGACGACCAUCAUUCUCUUCACAACACAAGGUCACCACUGCUACUGCCUCUUCGUCCACGAUCGAUCUCGAGAAACGGGCCAUGAUGACAAAGAGUCCUCCACGCAAGCUGACCAUCCUGGUGGUUGGAGAUGGAGCUGUCGGCAAGUCUGCAUUGACCCUCCGGUUCCUUCGAGACCAAUUCUCCAAUGAAUACGAUCCAACGAUCGAGGAUUCAUACUGCAAGCAUAUUGAGGUGGAUGGACAGGAUUACACUCUGGAACUCACGGAUACUGCCGGCCAGUCUGAAUAUCGCGACCAAUGGGACGACCACUUCAUGAGAACAGGCGAUGGAUUUAUCUGUGUGUACUCGAUAGCGUCAAUGAGCUCGUUCCAGGAGCUAGUCGGGGUCCGUGACCAGAUUUGGCGUGCAAAGGGAUCCAGACGAGUUCCUAUUGUGAUUACGGGCAACAAGUGUGAUCUCGAGGAUGGAGGCGAGCGACAGGUCCAUACCGAUGUUGGUGCCCUGUUUGCUGAACGAUCCAACGCGCUCUUUGUCGAGACUAGGUUAGUUAACUCGUCCGAGAGAUUGAACGUGCUCGAGUCAGGGCAGGAUACAGCUACAGCAAUCUCAACAGCAACCACAAUCACCACCACAACCGCACCCACAGCAAAGUAA